AUGGAGAAACAGACCUUACUAUUUGGCGGUUUCAUUCUUGAAGAUUCCUACCAACUGAAGGCCUUCGGCAUCGAGAACGGUUCCUCCAUAUUCCUCAGCUUUCCGUUGGAUUUUACAAGGGAUAAUGCGAUGGCUAUAAUGUUGCCGUCUGCAGUCGAGGUUAGACCCUUGGUCAAUAUAAUGGCCACCGUGGACGACCUGAAAGAAAAGCUGUGA